AUGACGCUCCGUUCGAAUAGUACCAAACUGAAGCGAGGGCUCCUGCUUCCUCUCGCACCUUCGUCGUCAACUUCAUCAACUGAACCUUCAUUUGAUAAUAGUGAUAGCGAUUUUCAUAAGAAGCCAGAUAGAAGCGUAAGUUUCAUAGAUUCCCGCACUUUAGCCGGGACAGAUAACGAACUCCAUACGAAUCCCUUGGCGAGCACAACGACUAAGAAUAUUCAUGUUUCAAUGAACUUGCCCAGCUCGCUCAAAAGUCUAAGAUCUAUCGCGGUCAGAGAUUUCAACGAAGCCACGCUGACUGAUGAUGGUAUUAUGAUCACUUCUCAAGGAAUUUCCCUUGCAUCGCGAGCUUCUGACAAUGAAGCCUUUCUCGACAGCCGCAACAAUAGUACGAGCGACAGCAGUUUUUUCGAGACAGAGUCUUUAGUCAGUUGUGUUACAUGUCUGAGCGACAGCUAUUCUACCGAACAACGCAAUCACUUAAAUCUGAGCAGCCCCAGCAAAAGCGUCGGCGGUGGGUUAAACAAUUUAGGCGACCACGACGCAUCAUAUUCUUCAGUCACUGGCCAAAUGCUUGCCAAUACAGUCAUACCGUAUGGAAGAAUACUGCACGCCAAAUAUCUGGAGAAUCCCAAAGACUACUUAGAUAACACUGAUACGAGUAAGGCUUCAGAUGCCAGCUCUUCACCUUCGUCAUCGAAUCUUAACGAUAGUGAUAACCAAGUUAACACUGCCGCAGCAGGCCAUGACGAUCGUUUCUUAGCUGUCGGUGGAACAAAGAGCGGAAUAAAUACCAAGGGUAAGACGAAAAAAUGCUCGAAAAGAGGAAGUGGGGAGCCAAAGUUCGUGGAAAUAACUUUUGCCAAACCUAGGCGCCACGACAUCGUACCUAAGCGUUUGAUUUUGUCCAUCAGCUUCCCCAGUUCGUCUGCCAACAUGGAUAUUGUAGAGGAAAUUCUAAAAAGAAGCUACAAAAAUGCUCGCCGAGAAAGAUCGAUAUUGGUUAUAAUUAAUCCAUUUGGUGGUAAGCGGAAAGCUAAGAAACUGUUUAUGAGCAAGUGCAAGCCCAUUUUAUUGGCAAGCAAAUGCUCAAUCGAUACAGCGUACACUAAGUAUUUUGGGCACGCGGUAGAUAUAGCUCGUGAAGUGGACAUCGAUAAAUAUGAUACGAUUGCUUGUGCAUCUGGAGACGGCAUACCAUAUGAAGUCAUCAAUGGGUUGUUCCAACGACCGGAUCGGGCUGAAGCAUUCAAUAAACUUGCUGUGACACAACUACCGUGUGGUUCAGGGAACGCAAUGAGUGUCUCAUGUCACUGGACAAAUAAUCCGUCCUACGCCGCACUUUGCCUUGUGAAAUCAGUAGAGGCAAGAAUAGACCUAAUGUGCUGCUCGCAACAGUCAUAUUACAAGGAGUUUCCUCGUUUGUCCUUCCUGAGUCAAACUUAUGGAGUUAUUGCUGAGUCAGACAUAAACACUGAAUUUAUCAGAUGGAUGGGACCGGCCAGAUUUGAGCUCGGAGUUGCAUUCAACGUUCUGCAACGCAAGAAAUAUCCAUGUGAAAUUUAUGUCAAAUAUGCUGCUAAGUUGAAGAACGACUUGAAAGUGCAUUAUCUGGAGCAUAAGAAUCGAGCUUCAUUGAGAUUUGAAAGUGAGCUAGAAAGGAAUCAAGACCACGAGGGGCUGGAUGGUGAUUCGAAUAGUAGAGAUGCAGACAGAAUCACUGAGAAGGACUUCAAAGUAAAGUACCCGCUGGAUAAUGCAGUGCCCGCAGAUUGGGAACGAAUCGACCCAGAUCUGACUGACAAUUUGGGCAUUUUCUACACGGGAAAAAUGCCCUAUAUUGCAGCUGACACUAAGUUCUUCCCAGCUGCACUGCCUGCAGACGGUAGCAUGGAUCUUGUGAUUACCGACGCCAGAACGCCAGUUACAAGAAUGGCUCCUAUCCUUUUGGGGCUGGACAAGGGCUCACACGUUUUGCAACCUGAAGUCAUACAUUCCAAGAUCUUGGCUUACAGAUUGGUGCCGAAGAUCACAAACAGUCUCUUUUCGGUCGAUGGUGAGAAGUUCCCGCUGGAGCCGCUGCAGGUCGAAGUUAUGCCCCGCUUGUGCAAAACGCUUCUAAGAAACGGCAGUUACGUGGACACUGACUUCGACUCGAUGUAG